AUGGGUUUCUAUAUGGGUUUCAAAGAAACGGGGCUUUCAAAAUAUGUUCUAUACGUAUUUUCUCUUGUGUGUUUUAUUCAAAAUAUCGUUCUAUUCUUAUUUGCCUUCAUCGGUGUCUCUCAUGAAGUCGAAAUCCACCAUCCCCAUCAUAAGAAACCAUCCAAAAGCUUUCUCCUCUCGGCAGUAUUGACACGUGAAGUCCUUGUGAUCACAAAAUUCAAGAACAUUCAGAAGAAAGAUUUGCCAACAAGCUGUGCAGUCUGCUUGAAUGAGUUUACAGGAGAUGACAAGAUUAGAUGUUUGAAGAACUGUACACAUAUUUUUCAUGAAUUUUGUCUGGAUUGUUGGAUGAAUGAAUCCAAAGACACUUGUCCAGUUUGCCGAACACCCAUUUUGCCAUUUGAAUGUGAAGAUGAAUACAAUAAUCGAUUAACGGUUGCCACCGAUCAUCAUGAUUGGUAUGAUGAAGCCCUGGUGAUUCAAGAACUAUUAUAG